AGCUAACAUAGACGUAGACGUUCUCGGCUAACCAACUAACAUAGUUAAAGGAAGCGAGGGAAUAUCCGACAACUUUUAUGUAUUAAUGACGUUACGUUAUAAAAGAUUCACUUCCAUGCACACGCCGGUAGCUCUGCCACUUGUGUAGGAUAUGUUCAGACACCACCACCAACACUAACAUUAACGGAAAUCUUGGCUACACCGGUGCGAGAUCAAUGGAUAAAUUUGUUGUCAGGUCUCCUGGGAAAGCACCUGAAAAGUCGGCAAUGAGGCAUGGAGAAAAGGUUUAUCGUCAAACCACCAUUGAAUCUCUUCGGAGAGUUGUUGUCAUUGAAGACAUCGAACGGUACAAAGCUAUACUUGAAUUGUCUGGUCAAACUAAAGAAAACAUGCUAAUGGCUUUGACGGAACUCAAUAAGAAGAUGCCAUCCAAGGAAGUACUGAGGACCACCCAAAUAGGGCAUGUAGUGAAUAAGACGCGAAAGAAUGCAGAUCCAGAAGUAAGCUCUUUGGCUAAGGAGGUCUAUAAAAAAUGGAGAACUUUUGUUGAGGAGAAUGCAAACAAGCCCUCUAUAGAGGUUCGCUGCGAUAAACAAACUGAGGAGCUGCGGGACAAUGCGAGACGGCUCCUUUCUGAAGCCAUGGAACUAGAGAAAUCACAUGGCCUUGUGGACAAUAUUGAGAGAGAAGUGUUCCAUCAAAGUGUUCGUCUUAUUAAUGUUGGUUACCGACGAACUGUGAGGGCCUUGGUUUUUGCCUUGAAACACAAGCCUGACUUAAGAGCUCAAGUGAAGGACAAUAAACUUUCUGUAAACAUUCUUGUUAAAGACCACAAAAAAUGACAGUGCAUCUGAAGACACAUUAGAAGAAGAUGUGGAAAUACUGCUGCUUGUGACAACAAGAAAAACUUUUUUUUAAUGUUUUAAUUUUUUAAUGAAUGCAUUUUUUACUAUGAAUUUUUAGUGACAUUUUGAAGGUAUGAAAGGUGAUCAUUCUUGUUUCACCACAUAAUUAAAACUUGAAU